AUGCCUCGACCGAAGGUUGACCCUCGCUUCCGGAGACGGGUUGCGCAAGCGUGCGAGAAUUGCAAGAAACGCAAGUCGAAGUGUAAUGGCAUAUUGCCUUGUGAUCACUGCAGGGCUCGUGGAGUCGAAGAUGCUUGUCGUUAUUCAAGAUACCCUCGACCAGCCUCACAAGAAAGCCAACUGUCAAGGGGACUUCCUAACAGAGAAUUUCGACGCGAGCCGGGCCCUCUUGAUCCCGCAUCACCGGCAUCAUCAUCAUCAAAGCAAAUCGAUAUCCCAGUUUCAAAUCUGUACUCUGUAUCCAAAGAUUCGCAAAUGCUCAAGGAUAGUAGAGGUAAAUUCAUCUACGUAGGGGAUUCAGCAUCUCUAUCUUUUCUGGGGUCGGUCAGAUGCACGUUACGGGCUGCUGUAGGGCUAUGCCCCUUUACCAAUGAACCCGCUCGGAAUCCUAUGUUAGAGGCCACUUCGAAAAUACGCUUUGAGACGGUCCGAGAGCCAUCAAUAGAUCUGGCUACCGCCCAGAGUAUUGCAAAGGAGUUUUUCCUUGCGGUAAGCGGAAUAUUGGACUUCUUCGACCCACCUUGGCUGCUAGCCCAGUUGCAGGACUGGGUUGAACAACCUUCACAAAGAACAAAGGCCAAGUCUGCUAUCAUCCACCUGGCCCUCGCCAUAGGGUUCCAAGCUAGAGCUCAAGGCGACGUAGACGAGCUACUUUCUGAGCAAUGCUUUGCGUUCGGGCGUCAACUUACCAUGUUCAAUCUCAUAGACGAUCCCAGCCUGGCGACCGUCCAGGCAGUCAUAUUAAUCACUUAUCACAUGAUGGCAGCAUGCCAGUACAACGCCGCCUUUAUAAAUCUCGGCACUGCUGCCAGGGCUGCCUAUACACUUGGAAUUCAUCUCCAUGAGACAAAUAAGGCCUUCGGCGGCGAGGAAGGCCUAGCUAGAGAGCGUGCUUGGAAGUCAUUGAGAGUAUGUGAUCUAUUCCUGGCGGCUUCUCUAGGAAGACCGCCCGCGACGACAGAGGCUGUAUCAAACAUCGUCUGGUCGCCACUUAAACCCUCGCGUGACUACGAACGCCCCGAUGUGGCGGGACAAGUCUUCUCAGCGAUGUUUAGGAUCUGCAAUGUUUUCGAGCGAAUACUGGUCGAAGUUUAUGCAGAAAAGGCUAUAAGCCUUGAGUUGGCUAGAAGUAUCUCGCAGCAGCAUAGACAAUGGACCGAAGAGUUGCCGCGAAUGUUGAUGGUUGAUGGGAUUGAUGAACCAGACGCGGAGCAGAAUCACGAUGCAUCUCCGGGAGGCUUUUGUCUGUCUCCAAAACAAGGCUCAAGCAUCGUCACGAUGGCGUAUUAUUAUUCCAUUGUUCUGCUUACGAAGCCUUUUCUGACCUUCCGAGUCCACCAUGCUUCGGACAAGGAAUUCUCAAAAAGCGAAACUUCUUCUAUCAUGAUCAGUCUCGCCACCUACGCUGACGCUUGUGUCAACUCUGCUAUAAAAGGCAUUGACAUCGCUUAUGAGUAUGUCUUCGAGCUAAUCACGCCAAGCCGGCAACCUUUGAUUGUCAAUAGCGUGUUUAUAUCGGCAUUGUGUCUAGGUCUUGCUUUUCUAGACAAAUCUGGACGUUAUGCCUGGUCCGUGAAUCCGUUGCUAAAUCGGGCAAUUAAAAUACUGGUCCAUCUUGGAAAGCUAAAUCCACAUGCCUCCAGAUUUGCUGGGAUCUGCGAACAACUAAAAGAAGCCGUGGCUAUUUAUACAACAAGAAGGGAUAAUACCUUGCUUUCCGAAAAUGACAAAUCAGUCCGAAGUAUCUUUGGAGAUCUUCGGGCGUCAUCCAAACCACAGGGCUACAGCGAGAGCUCUGUGGAUCACACUGAGAACACACAGCUUAGCUGGAGUGUACCUGCUAACGAAAGUGUGAUUAAACCAAUCACACCUCGCUCCUUUAAUUAUAACACUUUCCAAGAAGAGUCCUUACUACCAAUAUCCGGGCUGUCGCCAACGCAAAUCGGAAAUCUACCAAUGGAUUAUAUACAAUCUAAUGGUAAUUUAGGAGACGUACAAUAUCCUCAUCCUCCUGAUAAUUCUAUCGACGCUUUAUCAGAGUACUUCUUGAAUCAAAAUAUACCGCUUUUCCCAUUCGCUAGUAGCUUGUCACCUGAGUCGCACUUUGACUUUCAAGGUAUGACUUUGGAGCCAGCAUAA